ACCUAUAAAGGAGGAUUCAACACACCUCAUCACAACAAAAGAACUCUUCACAACCUCCAACUUGACUGAAGUCUUUAAUUUAUUGCCUCCAUUUCCAAGAAUGAGAUAUCGAAUGAGAUAUCGUAUAAUUCAUCUCUGCUGGCUGAGAGCUGAGGCUAAGAAUUCACUACUAGACCAAGGUUCGUGUGCCUGGCAUCACAAUGAAGGCCCUACGAGUGUUGUUGCCUGUCAUUAUCAUAGUGCUCACAUAUCCGAUUGGUUGUGGAGAAGCUCAGUUCAUAGUACAGCCAGUGUCAGUGGAGAGAGCCGAGGGACUGGAGGCAGUGUUCAGUUGUCAGUAUCAAGAGGAGGGAUUGACUGUUACUUAUGAUUGGGCAAUAAACAAUACCAUACUCGAAACUGAUACAGAAACUGUUAGAGCACGUCCACCUUCAUCUCCUGGUGGACCAGCCACACUGACAAUCUUGGCCACUCCAGAGCACAACAACUCUGUUGUUCAGUGUGUGGCUACAAUCAGAAAUGGCAUUGUUACUGUAAGGUCUGAAGUAUCGACCACAGCUACUUUAACUGUUCGUGCAACAAUUAUCAGUAAUGUUCUGACUGCUCCAAACACCAUCACUGUGAUGUGGAAUGCUCUACCCCUCACUGAGUACUGUGUGGACAUCACCGAGUCAACUCUGGACUUCACUGAAACAGCUGUUUUUGAUCCUGUGUGUGGACUGGUUAAUCAGUACAUCUUCACGUACUCCAACCCCAUCAGUGUGUGUGACAGAUUCUCCUUCACUGUGACUCCUACUGACGGAGAGAUGAGGGGAACAACCAGUGAACCAGAUACUGGGUUCUUUACAAGGGUAGAAGGUAGUAUUGAAGAACGACAUCGUGUUCGUGAAAGUGGGGAGAAUAAGUCAGUAGGAUUUAAAGCUACUCCCUUCCACCACGAUGCCCUGACACUAACACUGAGGAGCUGCACACAGAGAAGACACUAGCCCUUGCACCACAACAACGCCGUCCACCCCCACCACCCAUCUACAAAACGUCCUUAAUAACUGUGUGAGAACAUAAUAACUUACUCGGCAGAUUAGGCACAUGCACCUCUUUACAUUAAUUACUAACACGUACAUUGCACUGCUACUUGUGGCAUGUAGAUGAUAAUGCUGUUAUUGCUGCUUUAAAUUUCUUCUGACUCUUCAUGGGUUGUAUCGAA